AUGGCGUUGCAUAAUCCCUAUUGGGAUGAGUCUGUGUUCGACUUCAAUGCAGAGUUGAGUUUGAAGUUAAGUCUUGCAGAGGCAGAUCGUUUCAAGAAACUUCUUGAUAUAGAUGCAUUUCGCAGAGAAAUCAAGCUGUAUUCCGAUGCCAGCGCGCAGGAUUCGGAGCAGCUAAGGAUGCAAUCACUACUUUUCUUAGGAAUUAUCGGCCUCAGUGCUGCGCAGUACAGUCCGUUUCCAAAUCCAUUGCCGUUCCCGUUUCCGCCACCGGGGUCUCCUCAACUGUAUAGAAUAUGGAACGACCCCAAUUUGACCAAACAGCAGUUCGAAGAGGAAAUGAACAAAUGGGCGCAAAGAUAUGGAGUAAAGCAACAAUACGACAAAUACAAUAAGCAAGUGGAAGAUGAGAAGAAGGAACUUGAAGAAGGACUGAAGGCAGUGUCCAGAUACUUCAGAAGGACAAGAGAGCUCGAGAGUAAUAAGGCGCUCACCUAUAGACAGUUUGAUGAGAAGAGACGGGAGCUCUUCGAUAAGUUGACAUCGGAGCAGAAAGAAGCUGCACGAUUCUUGGAAUGCCUAUUUACUAAAUUAAGUGCCAGAUUUUGCGUUCCUGGACCAAUGGGACCUAGACCAGUUGGACCUGGUCCGAUGGGACCACACGGACCAUUCUAUCCAUGGUGA